CCGUUCAUUUCUAUUCCUGUCAAGUGCCUGUCUUCACACCUUAAACCAAUUUUAGAUUUCUCUUCCUCUGGCCUAUAAGAGGACACCCUAGCUAGCAAUCAGCCUUCAAUUAAGCACACAGAGACGCUUUAACAAAAGAGAAGAAAAAGCAAAUGGAACACAAGCAGUUCAAAGGGCACGUGAUACUUCUGCCAUACCCAAGCCAAGGCCACAUCAACCCUCUUCUCCAAUUUGCUAAACGUUUAGCCUCUAAAGGUGUCAAGGCAACACUAGCCACCACCCACUACACAGUCAAUUCCAUAUGUGCAGCUCACAUUGGGGUCGAACCUAUAUCUGAUGGAUUCGAUGAUGGUGGCUUUUCUCAAGCUGGAAAUGUAGACUUUUACCUUAAGUCAUUCAAGGAAGAAGGGUCCCGAUCGCUGUCGCAACUCAUCCAAAAGUUUAAAGACUCUAGCACCUCUGUUACCUGUGUGGUGUAUGACUCGUUUCUGCCAUGGGCUCUUGAUGUGGCAAAGCAGCAUGGGAUUUAUGGAGCUUCUUUCUUUACCAACUCUGCCGCUGUGUGUAGCAUCUUUUCUCGCAUCCAUCAUGGCCGGCUUGCUCUGCCGCUGACCCCUGAAAGCAAACCCUUAAUGUUACCAGGACUUCCUCCAUUGAAUUUCCGUGACCUGCCCACUUUUCUUCGGUUUCCAGAUAGCUACCCUGCUUACUUGGCCAUGAAAUUGAGUCAGUAUUCGAAUUUGAAUGAAGCUGAUUGGGUUUUCGAUAACACCUUUGAAGACUUGGAAGGAAAGGAAGCAAAAGGCGUGUCAGAGCUCUGGCAAGCGAAGUUGAUUGGGCCUAUGGUACCAUCUGCUUACCUAGAUGAAAGGAUCAAAGGUGACAGAGGUUACGGUUCAAGUUUAUGGAAGCCACUUAGCGAAGAGUGCAUGGAAUGGCUAGAAACGAAGCCAUCUCAAUCCGUUGUCUACAUUUCAUUUGGAAGCAUGGUUUCAUUAACAGAGGAAGAAACGGAAGAGAUUGCUCGUGCCUUAGAGGAAAGCAAUUUGCAUUACCUGUGGAUCGUCAGAGAGACGGAACAGAAAAAACUGCCCAAAUGGUUCCUAGAAUCAAAUAAAGAAAAGGGCAUGGUGGUGACAUGGUGCAACCAACUAGAAAUGCUGGCACAUCCAGCCGUAGGCUGCUUUGUGACACAUUGUGGGUGGAACUCAACCCUUGAAGGGCUAAGCCUUGGCGUGCCAAUGGUGGGUGUGCCCAAAUGGGCUGAUCAAUUGACGGAUGCCAAGUUUGUGGAGGAGAUUUGGGGGAUUGGAGUGAGGGCCAAAGAGGAUGAGGAAGGAGUUGUGAGGCGAGAGGAACUGAUUAAGUGCUUGAAGGAAGUAAUGGAAGGGGAGAGAGGCAGAGAUAUCAAGAGUAACGCUAACAAAUGGAAGGAAUUGGCUAAGAAAGCAAUCAGUGAAGGUGGGAGCUCUGAUGAGUGUAUUAAUAAGUUCGUCCAACAUCUGAUGGCCAUAGUCGAACAAAUUAAUUGAAGUUGCUCCACUUUUGAAGAAUUAUUGACUUCAAAUUUGUGGUUGCAUGGAUUAUUUAUGGGUUAGUUCUUUUAUUUUCUAGCAUCAUUCUAGUUGAUAUGCGUGACUGUUGAUUUUUUUCUUUUUUAAGAAUUUGGGAGUUGGGUUAUUACUGUUUGAAUCCAAACUUCCCUGCCUUGCAAUUAAAUAAAGAGGUUGUUAGGCUGUUGAUUAAUUAUUUAAAAAAGCAUUAAUUUUAAAUUUA